AUGGUUGCGGCUGACGACUUGAGUUCCACUCUGGCCAAGAUGGGCAUCCACCUAUCAAAAGAGGAGAAGGAGAAGGCUUUGAAGCACAUCGCUCGUGAUGCUGAAGGGAAAGUGAGCCUCAAGAGUGCGCUCGAGAGCGUCAUGGCUACACGGCAACCUGCCAUGUUUCAAAAAGACCGGGUUGCUGUUCAAGAUCUGGAAGGCAUCCUGGCCAGCAUGGGCAUCUACCUCACAGCCGAAGAGCUGCAGGAAGCAUUAAAAUAUGCCCCUGUAGAUGUGAAUGGGAAGGUGAACUUGGGAGAAUUCAUGAAGGGGGUCAAAGCAGUCCAGCAGCAUCCCAAGACUGGGGAUCGGGUUCCUGUGGGUAACCUAGAUUCUCUUCUGGUCAACAUGGGCAUCUACUUAACAGAUGAUGAGAUCCAGGAAGCUCUGAGAUAUGCAGUGGUAGAUGAGGAUGGCAAAAUUAACCUGGAUGAUUUCAUGAAAGGGGUGAAAAUUGUGCAGCGAGCAAAGGAUGCAGAAGGCCAGGCUCAGGAGGACAGCUACUAA